CAGUUUUGAUUGGUCAAUUGAACGCUAUUCUACUCCAAGGAGUAAAUUUUAGAACACUACCUAGGAAGUGUAAAUAGGCAGAGAGCUAACGUCAUCUGUCUAAGGUUUAACUGACAUCACGCUGAUCAAUAACAAUAGCGUACUGUAAAAGUGUCAUACGAAUUUUACACACAUAUUUCAUGCAUUAAUCAUCAGUGUGUAAUGCUGAUUAAUGAUGAUCGAAUUUCAUGAUAAAGAUAAAUGAAGCGCCUAUGGUUGACAUUGUGUAAAGGUGUGUAAGGAUGGGUGCAGGAAAAAGUCAGUUUACUGAAGAGGAAUUGCAAGACUAUCAAGAUUUAACAUACUUUACAAAAAAGGAAGUCUUAUAUGCGCAUCAGAAAUUUAAAGCACUUGCACCAGAAAAAGUUGGACAUAAUAGAAAUGCAAAGCUUCCAAUGUCUAAAAUUUUGCAAUAUCCUGAGUUGAGAGUAAAUCCUUUUGGAGAUAGAAUCUGUAAAGUCUUCAGUUCUAGUCAAGAUGGUGAUUGUACCUUUGAAGAUUUCCUAGAUAUGAUGUCUGUAUUCAGUGAUGCUGCUCCAAAAGCUGUAAAAGCUGAACAUGCAUUUAGGAUAUUCGAUUUUGAUGGUGAUGAUAUGCUUGGUGUGGGAGAUCUGAGGCAAGUGAUAGAUAGAUUGACUGCGCCUCAAAGAUUGAAUGAUAAUGACAUGCAGCAACUUCUUCAAUAUAUUCUCGACGAAGCUGAUUUAGAUGAUGAUGGUGCUCUAAGUUUUGCAGAAUUUGAACAUAUUAUCGAGAAAAGUAGCGAUUUUUCUAAGAGUUUUCGUAUUCGUUUAUAAAAAUAUGAUUAACAUACAUCAUUAACAAGAUAUUUUAAUCAGUAAAAGACUGAAUAUUGAUUAAUAAUAAUUGACAAUGUAGACAUACGCCUAAUGCAUAUUACAGAACAAAAAAACUCACUUAAUAUUUGUAGAAUGUGCCAAGGCUCUACAAUUAGGCCUAAACCAAAUAAUAUUAACAAUUUUUUAAUUUUUUAUUGAGCUUAUUUAUUU